CCGGAAUCCAGGAGCAGGCUCAGCUCGGAAGAGACCGGUGCAUUCUGGGCCCAGAGGUAAAAGGGUGGUGGGGGUGACCUGGGGAGCCGCCACCGUGCAUCUGCCUUUGGUGCUUGCCCCUGCAGGGAGUGCUCGGUGCCCCCUCCCUAUGCCACCCCCGUGAUGCCCCUGUCCCGCUGGCUGAGAUCUGUGGGGGUCUUCUUGCUGCCAGCCCCCUGCUGGGCGCCCCGGGAGAGGUGGCUGGGUCCCCUACAGCGGCCCUCCCUGGUGCACGGGUGCCCAGUCCUGGGGGCCUGGCACAGUGCCCGCUGCUGGUGCCAAGCGUGGACAGAGGAGCCUCGAGCACUUUACUCCUCCCUCAGAAUGAAUGGAGACCAGAAAUUGGACCCUUAUGCCCAAGCAAAGCAGGAUUUCAUCCAGCAUUUCUCCCAGAUUGUCAAGGUGCUGACCGAGGAUGGCGUGGGCCACCCGGAGACGGGAGACGCCAUUGCCCGGCUCAAGGAGGUCUUGGAGUACAAUGCGAUUGGAGGCAAGUACCAGCGGGGUUUGACUGUGCUGAUAGCAUUUCAGGAGCUGGUAGAGCCAAGGAAGCAGGAUGCCGAUAGUCUCCGGCGGGCCCUGACUGUGGGCUGGUGUGUGGAACUGCUGCAGGCUUUCUUGCUGGUGUCCGACGACAUCAUGGACUCGUCCCUCACCCGACGGGGGCAGAUCUGCUGGUAUCAGAAGCCAGGCAUAGGUUUGGAUGCCGUCAAUGACGCUUUGCUUCUGGAAGCCUGCAUCUACCGCCUGCUGAAGCUCUGCUGUCGGGAGCAGCCCUAUUACCUGAGCCUGAUUGAGCUUUUCCUGCAGAGUUCCUAUCAGACCGAGAUCGGACAGACCCUGGACCUCAUCACAGCCCCCCAGGGCAAUGUGGAUCUUGGCAGAUUCACUGAAAAGAGGUACAAAUCUAUUGUCAAGUACAAGACAGCUUUCUACUCGUUCUAUCUUCCUGUGGCGGCUGCCAUGUACAUGGCGGGCAUCAGUGGGGAGAAGGAGCAUGCCAAUGCCAAGAAGAUCCUGCUGGAGAUGGGGGAGUUCUUUCAGAUUCAGGACGAUUACCUCGACCUCUUUGGGGACCCCAGUGUGACAGGCAAGAUUGGCACAGACAUCCAGGACAACAAAUGCAGCUGGCUGGUGGUUCAGUGUCUGCAGCGGGCUUCUCCGGAACAGCGUCAGCUCCUUCAGGAGAAUUACGGGCAGAAGGAGGCGGAGAAGGUGGCCCGGGUGAAGGCGCUGUACGAGGAGCUGGACCUGCCCGCCGUGUUCACGCAGUAUGAGGAGGACAGCUACCGCCACCUCAUGGGCCUCAUUGAGCAGUGCGCCUCGCCCCUGCCCCCCGCCAUCUUCCUGGCGCUGGCGCACAAGAUCUACAAGAGGAAAAAGUGACCUGGAGACUGCGUGGGCGGGGAGGGGGGCCUCUCAAUAAAUUGUCGAAGCUU